AUGGUUUGUUUUCUCUUUAUCACCAGUGUCCCUGCUCCUAGCGCUCCCUUUGCCAUUCAGGACAACGACAAUACAGCCCCAUUGAGGUAUCGCCUCUUUGGACGGCCACUGACAAAAACAAAGAAGGAAAGAAAAGAUCAGGAAGAGAACAAGGAAAACAUCACCACAAAGAAGAACAAGAAGGCCACAAAGUCACGGCGGUGGCAUUGUUGCAAGAAUAGAUGUCGCGUGUCCCCAGCCCCCCAAGAAGAAGGGACUCUGGAGAAGUGCCACUUAUCAGCAUCCCAAGAUGAGGUGGUGGCUGUCAAAAGACCGAUUGAGAAAGAGAAGGAACCAGUGAAGGAUGAGGGGAUUCCUCAGGUCCUGUCCACUAACAUGGAGGAAGUCGCUGUGACCACACAGAAGAAACUCAGGAGUGAGCAUAUUAAGUGCCUAGGGUUUCCCAACCCAGCACAGAUAUGCUAUAUUAACGCAAGCCUGCAGAGCCUGCUCACACUGGAGGACUUUGUAACAGCCAUCAGUCACCAGGAGCAGGUCUGGAGUCUAAUACCUGAAGCGGCAGUCCUAAGAACAUUCAAGAACAUCAGCGAGCGUCACUUCUCCGGUGAUGCUCAGGAGAAACUCCGCCUUCUUGCCGCAUUCAAGAGGGCGGUGGCUCUGUGGGCUCCAGAGUUUGGGGACCAUCAGCAGAAAGAUGCCCAUGAGUUCCUGACAGCUGUCCUUGACCAGAUACGAUACUGGGGCCCACAGCUGCAGGUGCUGACCGCCGGCAUGGGCAUGGCCUACAGCUGUCCAGUAGAGGACCAUCUGAUGUUUAAAAUGCAAAACACCAGGACAUGCAAGAGUUGCGGAGCAGGUUCCACCAGAGAGGAAGACUUUACUAAUCUGUCACUGGACCUUCCACCUGGAGGUGGCACUGUUGAAAAAAUGCUGGAUAAUUACCUGAUGGAGACAGAGUUGGAGUACAGGUGUGAGUGCGGUGCCACCAAGUCAGGCCAGCGCUCAUCAUUCGCCACCCUGCCAAGAGUGCUGGUCCUGCAUUUGAAGCGUUUCCGGUACACUCCAACUUUCCAGCUGGAGAAGAUCCAUGACCCUGUCGAUCUUCAGAGGGAUCUGGUGGUGUCUUCAGGCCAGGAUGGUGCAUGCUACAAUUUAAUCAGCACCAUAAAUCACAUCGGCGCCACAGCAAGAAAUGGACACUACAUCUGCGAUGGAGUGGACCCCGACGUGGGACCGGUGGACCUGACAGACCACUGGUUCACAUAUAAUGACACAGUGGUCACUCAAACAAGCAGUGUCAAUGUGUGCAACCAGCGGCAAAGAUCCUCGUACAUCUUGUUUUAUCGGAGGCAGCCAGAGGACUAGACAGCAGGACAGCAGAUGAGGACCCAGCGGCAUGGACCAGAGGACAAACCACAGGACUUGGACAGAUGACCUGGAGGCUGGACAGACGUGUCAAACGGAGGGAGCUGAAGGACACAGCCCUCAGGAGGAUGGGCCCCCCCCAGAGAGCCAGGUUCCUCCCAAGGUUUCUCCCUCAGAGGGAGUUUUUCCUUGCCACAGUUGCCCAAAAUCACAGCUCACAGUG